UUAAAGUCACAGUUGCCUGCCUGCCUAGUUGCAGUCCUGCAGUCCGCAGAAGAACAGCUCUCUGGUAGCAAUGGCUUCUGUAAAAAGCUUUCAGCUUUGUGAGCCAUGAUACCUGCCUCUAUUGCUUUUCAGCUUGGAUGGGAAGACAAAACAUGUCAGUUUCUUCUCUUUCCCAUUGCCUUUUGGAGCUGAAUGAUAGAUGGGAAUUUUAAAAGCUUUUCCACUGCUCUCUGGACUUUAUCUCAAGAAACUCCCUCUAGCAGCAUGAUUCAUAAGGCUUUCCUACAUCUCACGGAUGAACCUUAAUUCGCAAGAGUCCUCUUCCAACAGACAGAUGUUUAGACGAUCCAUGAUGUUCAACUGCCGACAGUCAUUCACAAUCAGUGUUCCCUGGAAAAAAGGCAAAAAGACUCCAGCGUCCAAUGACAAGGUGAUUUUGAAAAACAUGAAGACAAUCAAUGAAAUGGGUGAAGGACUAAGACAAUGUCUUCCUGCUGGCUCAGGCCCUUCAGAGAAAUUGGAAUCUAGCAUAGUGCAACAGCAUCAGUCCAACUCACUCACCGUAAGUGAUAUUCCAGAAAAAACAGAGUACUUUGCCAUGCUCUCUCAUCAAAAUACCUUGACACCAAAAGAUGAGGUUGUAAAAUCAGGCAACUUGGAAUCAGAAGGUUCUAGCGUCACAUUGCGUGAUGGAGCCAACUCCGAAAAGCGCUUUGUGCUACACAGAAGAGAUUCUUCUUGUGACUCUGGCGUUCUGAGCGCCUCUUCCUCCCCAGUAAUGAUAGCAUGCAAAGACACUGUGAAUGCCUGUCUCUGCAUCUCAGACUGCAAGAAGCCAAUGGAACACCAUGCAGAAGAGAUACAGACUUUUGCAGUUUCCUUGAACAAGGAUGCUGAUUUUCAGGAUACAAAGCAUACUGAGCAGUCCUUUUCGGAUGGUAGCCAAGCAGAGCAUUUGCAGGGUAAAAUUUGCAAAGAGGGGAGUUCCUCCCUCCUUCCCACUAUGUCUGUAGAAAAGAAAAGUUUUCAUGACGAUUACAGAAAUGACAACUUAGAAGAACUGACAUUACCUGCUCAUCCCUUAAGAAGGCAUCCCACAAGUGACAGCUUGGAUGAGUACAUGGACGCUUGCUGUAAGCUGAGUAAGGUCAACCAAGAAAAUGCCAAAGCACGUGGCUCAGGCUUGGGUUACCUAGAGCACAUCUGCCAACUUAUUGAAAAAAUUGGACAGCUACAAGAGCACAAUCUGAAAUUACAGAAAGAAAUCUGUGGUUUACAGAAGGAGCAGAAAACAAGCCAACUAAAGGAGGAGUAUUUUAUACAGCACUGCUCCUGUGGUGCUGCCAGUGUCUUGCUCAGCUCAUACCGAGAAAUGAAAAAUUAUUUUCCUGGUUGGAACAAACUGAACAGCUUACUUAUUCAGAACGGAAAUAUAUCUGACCUCUCUGUUAUUCCGGAAACAGGAGGAAUCAGUGAAAAAAUCAAGCAAAGAGAGGAUCGUGUUUGACAUGUGAAGACUAUGAUGCUAAAACCUGUAAGGUAUUAUUAUAAAAUUGCACAUGAUCUGUAAAAAAGGGAUGUCG